AUGUUCUCCUCGCGCAUCUUAGAGGCUGUACCCACCGCGCCAGAAUCAGAAGAUAUCUUCUCUUCCGCUCUCUCGAUCCUAUUCACAGAUGAUACGCAAAACAGCCACGGCAUCCCCGGAUCGAGCGUGACAUAUCACUCGCCGCGGUUUGGGAAUAUGACGCUCCGCAUCCCUGCGCACCCUGACCGGGAAGAGGACAGAAAACUGUUUGCGCAUUACUUGUGGAAUGCGGGUGUGAUUGCGGCAGAUGCCAUUGAGGCGGGUAGCACGAGCAAACAACAAAAUGUGACAGUUUCAGAAGGAGAGCACGAUCGGGGUCGGGAGCAGGGACAGUGGGAUAGACGAUACUGGGAUGUGCGAGGCAAGCGAGUUCUCGAGUUGGGCGCUGGAACGGCUCUUCCAUCUUUGAUAUCCGCACUCUCUGGUGCCGAGUCAACCACUAUUACCGAUCAUCCAUCGUCUCCUGCUCUGACCACGAAUGCGAUUGAGCAGAAUGUCAGAGACAAUGUUCUUGAGAGACCCAGACCGGACACUAAGUCCAAGCCAGUUGUCAACGUGUUCGGAUACACAUGGGGGACCAACAUGAUGUAUCUGCCAGAACAAUACGGCAAACCGGCACCACGACAGCCGGGGUCGUUUGAUCGUAUCAUCCUAGCAGAUUGUCUGUGGAUGCCGUCACAGCAUGUGAACUUGGUCAAGACCACGUUGCGAUAUCUUGAUUCCUCGCAAUCAAACGCUAGUUGUGCCUAUGCCUGUGCCUGUGCUUUGGUGGUGGCGGGUUUCCAUACAGGCCGAGGCAUAGUAAGGCAUUUCUUUGAAGUGGCCACUGGAGAAUGGAAGGAUGAGGAAAAGACCAGUUCGGAAGCCGACAACGAAGAUCAAGAGCUCGCAGAAGUGCAAGGCAAGUUGAAAGCUGUAGAAAUCUUUGAGAUCGAUGUCAAUGGGUCUCGCCGACCGUGGGAAGCUGUUCGAAGAGGGGAGAACAAAGAGCAGGCUAAGAGAUGGUGUGUAAGCGCCGUACUUGUGAAAAGGUGA